GAUAAACUCAGCUGCAUCCACUGCCUCGAUGACUGCCAGAAGGCAAACUCCAAAGGACCGGUCAUGAUAUGUACACCAUGGCAUAUCGAUAUCAGGUUUGGCCCUUUCCAGGUCAAUGAAAUCGACGCUUUAACUCAAGAUUACGCCAAAGGUGAUGUACUUCUCGAACGAGAACUUGGUAACAAGGGUCCAGCAGCACCGUCUCGUCGGUUGCGUUUGUUGAGUAUCUGCAAGGUGGGAACGUGGGCAUUAUCCAGAUUAAAUAUGUUGAUCUACGGGCGACAGCAUGGAGGCGAAGCUAUGUCUAUCAAGCACAGCAAUCAACCAAUUGGCACGAAUAUUGGAUACAAUCGACCUCCAUCACGACGUUCCCUUCCGGCCUUCAGUUCUCUCGCAGAAACAUUGUUUCCGUCUCAGAGCAGUAGAGAGAACGGGAAACAUAAGAUAGUACGGUGGGAAGACCAAUAUGAGUACAUACCAUCUCUUCCGUUCUCGCAGUUCAAAAGCGAGCAAGAAGAAGAGAGGGGGCGACUUGAGAAGCUCAUGAACGAUCGCCCGGUUAAUCGUCCACAAUUGGAUCCAGCAUCCAUAGAUGAAGAGGCGAGGAAGAUCAUCUUAGCCCGAUGGAAAGAGGAGGGCAUUUGGGAUGAUACAUGGAAAGAGAGUGACGGGUCGACUUGGAGAUGGAGCCAUGAAAGAGAUUACAUGGAAAGAUGGCCAGGAGAUAUGUUAGAUCUCCCAUCCGGUCGCCUGGAACAACCAACGCGACCUAUAUCCCGAUUCCUGCAUCAGAUGGGUAAGCUGGUUUCCAAGGCUUUGGAGGAAAAUGCUCAGAAGGUUCAUUGGCGCCAGUCGUGCGCUAAGACGGGCUUUAAUCUGAGCCCCUCGAUUAACUGUAGUAACAAGGAGGAGUCCAUUCAACCUAUUGACCGCAUUGGUACCACGGCUUUCGAAAUAGUCAAGCAUACGUGGCAGCAAAGAGGCAUCUGGGAUGAUAGCUGGGGAGACUUGCCUGGAUAUGCAUGGAAGCAUGAACGCCAAAGGGAAGGUUUUUCACUGGACAGUUGCAUUCACGGUCCGGCUCCUAAAACUACGACGGAAAUCCAUGCACCCUACGCCAACAUGGGUGUUCCCGCUUCGACGCAGCAGGAGCAGCACAGUCAUCUGUCUGUCGCUCUGCCACCGGACAAUGCCGUCUUACCUCCAACGUCAGAUCCUAGAGUCAACCAUGAAAACGAGAAAACAAACCGCGCAGUCGAGAUCGCCCGACAAGCCAGCAAUAGUUUGGAACCGAGUCACGUCACCGACUCGUCAAUAGCCACUUCAGAGGCCCCAGAACGGUCGCUCUCUCCCAUCCCCCCGAAGCCACGGCGAAAGAGUUCUCGCAUAUCGAAGCCAUCUGAACGGUAUGGACAGUCACUUACCUCAGAGCGGAGAGUUGGUCUUAGGCCACGCCCCUCAAAGUCUUAUAGUGUUUCGCGACGUGCUACCAAGUAUUCAUAG